AUGGAGUAUGCGGUUCCUUUCAACACGACCGACUUUGUUCAGGCGUCGCUUGAUGACGUGAUCGCCACGUUGUUCCUCACGUUUCUGCUCGUCGUUUCGGUGGUCUUCAUCUUUCUCGGCAACUGGCGAGCGACGAUCAUUCCAACGGUUGCAAUUCCCGUAUCGCUGAUCGGGACGUUUGCGGUUCUGCUUGCUCUUGGGAUGUCCUUGAACACGAUUUCGCUGUUCGCCCUCGUUCUGGCAAUCGGUAUCGUGGUUGAUGACGCGAUCGUGGUCGUUGAGAACGUUGAACGCAUCAGUGCGGAGGAGGGACUUUCUCCAAAGGAUGCGACAGCAAAGGCGAUGGAGCAGAUCACCAGCCCGGUUAUCGCAACCACCCUGGUUCUGCUGGCUGUGUUCGUGCCCACGAUCUUCAUGCCUGGUAUAACCGGCAGGCUCUAUUCGCAAUUCGCGGUCACGAUUUCCGUAUCCGUGGUGAUCUCUUCCAUCAACGCGCUUACCCUUUCACCUGCGCUGUGCGGACUUAUCCUGAAGGCCCGUUCGGGGCCGCCGCGCGGCAUCAUGGGAUUGUUCGAUCGCGGCAUAACCGGUAUUCGCGACGGCUACACAGCGAUCAUCCGGCGUCUAGUGCGGGUUGCGUUCGUUGCCAUCAUCAUUGUCGGCGGGGCCAUCGCCGUGAUCGUGACGCUUGGCGGUACGCUCCCUCAGGGUUUUCUCCCGUCCGAGGACCAGGGCUAUCUCAUGGUUGAUGUCCAACUGCCGGACGGGGCCGCGCUCGAACGCACCGAGGGGGUAACGAAACGCGUUGUCGAAUUGACGCAAAAGACGCCGGGCGUCGAGAAUGUUGUGAUCGUGAACGGGUUCUCGAUCCUCAACGGCGCGACGUCCUCCAACGCCGCCCUGGUGAUCGCCACCAUGAGCAACUGGGAGGACAGGCAGGAACCGAAUCUGAAAAUCAACGCGAUUCUGGCUAAUUUCUGGGCCGAGUUCUCGACCAUUCCCGGUGCCAACAUCAUCGCAUUCAAUCCGCCGCCGAUCCCGGGUCUCGGGACAACCGGUGGUGUUCAGAUGAUGCUUCAGCAGACAGGUGGCGGAACGCCUCAGGAACUUGCGUCAGCUGUCGGGUCAAUGGUCUAUUCAGCCAACCAGAGCGCGGAAAUCGCGCGGGCCUAUUCCACUUUCAGGGCGAAUGUUCCGCAGGUCUUUGUCGAUCUGGAUCGGGAAAAGACCAAAACGCUCGGCGUCAACGUGGCGGAUGUAUUCACAACACUCCAGGCCUAUCUCGGAUCCUACUACAUCAACGAUUUCAACAUAUUCGGCCGUGUGUACAAGGUCAUGAUCCAGGCCGAGGGCCAGUACCGCGACAAGAUCGAGGACAUCGGCCGGUUAUAUGUACGCUCGACGGAUGGAACGAUGGUGCCGCUGCGCAGUGUGCUGACGACGGAAAACGUUCUCGGUCCGCAGAUCCUUACGCGCUACAACAUGUUCCGCGCAGCUGCCGUGAUGGCGGAUCCUGCGCCCGGGGCGUCGACGGGUGUUGUUAUCAACGAGGUUGAAGGCGCGGCGCAGGAAGCCCUGCCGCCGGGUUAUUCUUAUGAAUGGACCGGAACAGCACAGCAGCAGCUCGGGUCCGGCAACAUCGUCAUGUUUAUCCUGAUGUUGUCGAUCCUGUUCACCUAUCUGUUCCUUGUCGCCCAGUAUGAAAGCUGGACGAUGCCGGUUGCUAUCCUGAUGUCGGUGUCCUUUGCGAUCAUGGGGGCGCUUGUGGCCGUGUUCGUGACCGGCGGGGACGUCAAUCUCUACACGCAGAUCGGGAUGAUCAUGCUCGUCGGCAUGGGGGCGAAGAACGCCAUCCUGAUUGUUGAAUUUGCGAUGGAGCAGCGCGACAGCGGAAAAUCCAUCACCGAGGCGGCGACAGAAGCGGCACAUCUUCGUUUCCGUGCCGUCAUGAUGACAGCGCUGUCGUUCCUGCUCGGUGUCGUGCCUUUGAUGACGGCCUCGAGCGCGGGCGCUGCCAGCCAGAAGGCGAUCGGCUUUGCGGUCUUCGGCGGCAUGUUGUUUGCGACCGUGAUCGGCGUGCUGAUGAUCCCGAUCCUCUAUGUCUGCCUGCAGUAUCUGCGCGAAAAGGUGAAGAGCAUGUUCGGCGGGGAAGAGAAGGUAACCCAAAGCGCUCCGGCGACUUAG